CGGAGAAACGCGUGAGACUUGACGCGCAUCGCUAGAAGUUACUUCAUCCAGCAACAGCAACCUGUUGACAGCAGAGCGCUCUUGCACAAGUCACGCCAACUGCGCUAAUGCGCGGAGAAGCGCCCUGGGACAGAAGUUUUCCUCACUUUUGGAUAAUAAGGAUAAAGAGAAGCGCUUGCAGUGAGGAUGCAAACCUGAUCUAAACUGGCGUAUAAUGCAGGACUGGCUUUGAAUUGGGAAUAGUGUGUUUUGUUUUUGCGCAUCAUCAUCAUCAUCAUCAUCAUCAUCAUCAUCAUCAUCCUCUCCAGGUGCUUCUCUGAUGAUUGGGGACCGCUAGUCCUCUGUGUUUGAUCGUCCCUGAGAUGAUCGAUAAUUUGAUCCCAGAUUGGCUGGAAGUAACGUGACAGAGCAGAUCGCGAUGAAAGUGCUGCUCGCGCUGUGCGCGGCGUUCGCGGUAGCGCGCGGCAGCAGAUACUGUCCCGAGCUGAUGAUUGACAGCUGUCACUGCACCGCGGAGAGAUCAAAGGAGUUUAACAGGCAGAGCGUGCGCGUGAAGGUUGUGUGUGAUGAUGCGGACCUGACGGAAACCAUGCAGCCCAGCUCUUUACCCAACACCACGGUGUCUCUGAUCCUGAGCAACAAUAAGAUCUCUGCACUGAAGAAUAACUCUUUCCUCGGCCUGCGAGCUCUGGAGAAACUGGAUCUCAGCAGUAAUCUCAUUAGCAGAAUUGCCCCCGGUGCGUUUCAUGGCCUGAUGGCUCUGAGGAGACUGGAUCUUUCCAACAACAGGAUUGGCUGUUUCUCUGCUGAUAUGUUUCUUGACCUUGGCCGUCUCUCCAAACUGAAUUUGUCUGGGAAUAUAUUUUCCACGCUGCCGGAGGGUUUGUUCACGCAUGUCCCGUCUCUCAGAGCGCUGCACGUGGGCACAGACUAUCUGUUCUGUGAUUGUCAGCUGCGCUGGUUGUUGUCGUGGAUCAGAUCUCAGGCGGUGCGUGUGGGAAAUGAAUCCGUCUGCGUGUAUCCGACUCGUCUUCAUAGACUGGAGCUGCGCAGCCUUCAGGAGCAGCAGCUCACCUGCGAUGGCCCGCUGGAGCUCCCCGUCCUGCAGCUUAUCCCGACCCAGCGGCAGCUGGUGUUUCGCGGGGACCGUCUGCCACUGCAGUGCGCCGCCUCGUUCCUCGACCCAACCAUCAGACUGUCCUGGAGCCACGAACAGCGUCCCGUCCACACGCUGGAGGACAGCGGGCUGUACGUGGAGGACAGCAUCAUUCACGACUGCUGCCUCAUUACCAGCGAGCUCAUCCUGUCCAACAUAGAUGCCGGCGUUUCCGGUAAUUGGCAGUGUCACGUGACCAGUUCCCGUGGCAACAGCUCAAUCGGAAUGGAGAUCGUGGUGCUGGAGACAACAGCGCUGUACUGCGGAGCUGAGAGGGUCAGUAGCAACAAGGGCGACUUCAGGUGGCCGAAGACGCUGGCCGGUUUCAUGGCCUUCCUGCCGUGUGCCGUGUCCAGCUCUGGCUCCGCCCCUCAGGAGAAAAGGGCGUGGCGCAGGUGUGACCGCACGGGACGAUGGGCGGAGCACGACUACAACCAGUGCUCAUACACCAGCCAGUUCACCCGCAGCCUGCAUGAGCUCACACAGAUGUCGGUGAACGUCUCCAGCGCUCUGAUGUUGGCGCAGCAGCUCUCGUCUCUCACCAGCAGGGCGGCGCUGUUUGGAGACGUGAUGGAUGUGAUAUUCGUCACUCAUCUGGUAGAAAGACUCACACGUCUGGGGGAUCAUGUCAGAGAGUUGGCGGAUCACGUGUUGGACGUGGCCAGUAACAUGAUGGCGGUGGAGGAACAUGUUCUGUGGAUGGCUCAGAACGAGGCUCGAGCGUGUACGCGGAUCGUUCAGUGUGUGGAGCGGAUCGCAGACCUCGCGCUCAACGCAAACACCACCGGCAUCUCAAAGGUUUCGGUGAACAUCGCUCUGGAGGCGCUGCUGCUCCGGCCGGACGCUCUCGUGGGUUUGUUGUGUACGGUGCUGCAGCGUCCGCCUCUGCUGCCCCCGCUGGCCGACGCUUCACAGCACAACACCCUGCUCAACUUCAGAUGCCACACGCUUAACGUCUCCGGGUCACCUACGGGUCAGCUCAGCCAGAACACGGUGGCCAUCGCCUCCAUACAUUUCCCGCUGGCUGCCCCUCGGUCUGUGGAGAACUCCACCUGUAAGCUGCAGCUGAUCGUCUUCCGCAAUGGAAAACUCUUUCCGUGCACGGGGGAUUCGUCAAAUCUUGCGGACGAUGGCAAGCGCAGAAGCGUUUCGACACCAGUUGCGUUCACCAAAUUAGAUGGGUGUAGCCCCGGGAGCCCCGUGCAGCCGGUUACCGUCGCUCUCCGGCACUUCUCGUUGGGUGUAGACCCCACCGCGGCAUACUGGGAUUUUGACCUGCUAGAUGGACACGGCGGCUGGCGCGCGGAAGGCUGCCACAUAACGGGCUCCGCGCACAACACGACCACCAUCCACUGCGCGCACCACAACAACCUCGCCGUGCUCAUGGAUCUGAAGAAGGUGCUGUCGUUCCCUCCGUAUCCGGGAGAGUUCCUGCACCCGGUGGUUUACGCCUGCACAGCCGUCAUGCUGCUCUGCCUGUUCGCCUCCAUCAUCACCUAUAUAGUGCACCACAGUACAAUCAGGAUCAGUCGGAAAGGAUGGCACAUGCUUCUCAACUUCUGCUUCCACACGGCCCUGACAUUCGCCGUGUUCGCCGGAGGCAUCAACCGAAUCAAAUACCCCAUCAUCUGCCAGGCCGUUGGUAUUGUCUUGCAUUACUCGUCUCUGUCCACGAUGCUCUGGUUGGGCGUCACGGCACGAAACAUCUACAAACAGGUGACCAAAAAACCACAGCAGCCACAGGACGGAGACCAUGCACCGCCUCACCCCGCCAGAUCACCCAUGCUGAGGUUUUAUUUAGUGAGCGCAGGAGUUCCCUUCAUCAUCUGCGGUAUCACAGCAGCCAUCAACAUCGAGAACUACGGCAGCGGAGAGCAGACGCCAUUCUGUUGGAUGGCGUGGGAGCCGAGUCUGGGCGCCUUCUACGGUCCUGUGGCCUUCAUCGUCCUAGUGACCUGCGUCUACUUCUUGUGCACCUUCAUCCAGCUGCGCAAACACCCCGAGAGAAAAUACGAGCUGAAGGCGGUGAGCGAGGAACAGCAGCGACUUUCCGACGUCCACCAGGGGGAGCCGGCGAGCGGCCAGUGUCACGGCGGCUGCCCGGGUCUGAUCAACCCAUCCAUGCUGGCCAACGAACACUCGUUUAAAGCCCAGCUGCGGACGGUGGCGUUCACGCUGUUUUUAUUCGCAGCCACGUGGACGUUCGGUGCGCUUGCCGUUUCGCAAGGCCACUUUCUGGAUAUGAUCUUCAGCUGCUUAUACGGGGCGUUUUCCGUCACGCUCGGGUUGUUCGUUUUGAUUCACCAUUGCGCAAAACGCGAUGAUGUCUGGCACUGCUGGUGCGCAUGCUGUCCCAGGCGACGCCCCUCCAACACAUGCCCCGGCCACGCCCACAAACUCAACAUAAAUGGCGACGCCCACUCCCAUUGCCAUCUAGAUGGCGGGAAGCCCGUUCACUGCGCAUGUCGCGCCGCCGCGCAAAAUCACGUGACCUGCCUGACGCCGGUUUCGCCAUGUUGCGCCGCGCUGCAUACGCAACAGCUCCUAGAAGAUGAAACUAGUGCGCAUGUGCUUCUCCACGCUGAUCAUGAUGGUUACCGACCCGCCGUGCGAUUGCACCGCUGCUCCAAACCCGUCAGAACUAAAACGAGGCGCCAACGCGAGCUAGCAUUCCGCAUUCCCUCUGGUGCGGACGGCACUAGUGUGCACAGCUCGCGCGCUAACAGCCCACAUGCCCACAUUUGCCACUUGGCUCACGAAGUGUGCCCUCACGAGGCGCUCGCGCUCUGCCACCAUCAUCACGUGUGCUGCGCGAAAGACGAGCUCCUCGACGCGGGUGAGAGCUUUCUGUGCGGGAAACUCGCGGAGGACGAUUUGCAUCAAGCGCAUAUAGAGCUGCACGCCCGCAGACAGUCGCUGGCCAAUCAGAACGGCAUCCUGAAGGGAAGCGCGCUGUAUUCGUCUGACAGCACGGGGAAUAUACGCACGGGACCCUGGAGAAAUGAAACUACCGUGUAGUUCGACCGAACUCCAACACUAGGAUUUAAGAAAGGAACUUUUUUUAGUACCAUCACAAGCUCUUUCCUGCAUCAUUCAUCGUACAGGAUGAUUGCAGCGGUUCUGCGGAUCGUACAAAUGCCAGAACGAAAAACCCGGGGCCUCAUUUAUAAUACACAAAUAUACAAGUUGAAGCCCACAAAUAUAUCUUUAUAUAGAAGAUGUACAGCCAUCAUCAUCAAUGGACAUUUUGUGUGUUUUGUUUUGUUUUAGGAAUUUUAUUUUAUUUUGGGCAUUUUGCUUUAUUUUUUGUUUUUGUUUUAGGGAAAUCAUGAAUACUUAAACAUAAAGCAGUCAAAAUGUUGCAGAAAACAUGCAGUUAUAAUAAAAAAUAUGGUUACAAUUUAUUUUGAUAGUCCACUUUAGACAUUCUACUAACUAUAAGUAACUUUGCAACUACAUGUCUACUAACUCUCAGAGUAGACUGUUAGGUUAGGUCAGUGUUUCCCAACCUUUUGUCUGUCGCGGCACAGUUUUGACAUGUAAAAAAUCCCACGGCACACCACUAAGCAUUGAAAAAAAAAAAAAAAAAAAAAGAUAGAAAGGGGAAUUUUUUUCCCCCAAUAAUUAAACAUUGCGUCAUCAGAGUUGGUAUAUAUGAUCAGACACUUGCACUUGAUUUCUGAAAAUCAUACUCAAAUGGAGACCGAAUGACAGAGAUCUGUGUUUUGUUCAUCAUUAGAACGACCGCAUCUGAGGCAGUAAAUAGCAUCAUGUUUUCAUCCGUUUGCAGGUUAUAACGUUUAUUGUAGCUAUAUGGGCGCACAGUUUCGCUUGUUGUUUAAUACAUUUGGCCAAAAUCUCACGAUAUAAAAGACGAUCCGCUAUAAACAGGAUAUUUAAAACAUACAAAAGUGUAUUGGCUGUAACUAGACAGCAAAUGCUAAGACUCUUCUCUACUCUUUAAACACACAAAAACAUUAGCCUUUAUAGACAGUGAUGUUUGAAUAAGAACAGCGUUUCCUUUACUCAAGAAACAGUUCUUUAUUUAUCCUUGCAUUGUGAAGAAGCAGACAUCUGUCUUCAAACUGUGCAUCGCCGCGCUUCAUUCUGAAUGGAGGUGGGUGGAGUUAUGAGGUUUGACUGACAAUUUGAGGAUCCAAUGGCGUUACGAGGUUUAGUCACAAGCUCUUUUGAAUGCUUUUCAUUGGUUAAAUAUUUGUACAACCCUCAAACAGACAUACUGAUGACCAAUAGCACUGAUUUAAAAUAAUAAUAACGAGAUAUAAUAGAGAUAAGGAAGUUUUUGAUAAUUUUCCACGGCACACCCGACAACCUGUCACAUGGCACACUAGUGUUACACUGAAACACUGGGGUAGGUUUAGAGUUAGUAGAAUAAGUUGACACAUACUUGCAAAGUUUCUCAUAGUCAGCAUGUUGUAUGUUGUGGACCCAUCAAAAUAAAAUGUUAGAAGAUAUUAAGCAGACAGUCUACUAAUACUCUAAUGACUGCUAGUUGACAUUUAGUUGCAAAGUUACUUACUGUUAGUAGAAUGUGUAAAGUGGACUAUCAAAAUAAAGUGUUGACAAAAAUACUUUUAUUUAUAAUAAUAUAUAUAUAUAUUUUUUCAGGAAUAUUGUGUGUGUGUGUGUGUGUAUACAUACAUACAUACAUACACACACACACACACACACACACACACACACACACAUGUUCGUUUUUGUGAAAAGUGGGGACAUUCAUAGGCGUAAUGGUUUUUAUACUGUACUUACUGUAUGUGCUAUUGCCCUACACCAACCCUACACCAACCCUACCCCUUACAGGAGACUGUGCAUUUCAACUUUCCCCAAAAAAACCUCAUUCUGAGUGAUUUAUAAGCGUUUUGAAAAGUGGGGACAUGGGUCAAUGUCCUGAGAUGUCACCUUCACCUUGUAAUACCUGUCAUACCUUUGUUAUUAUACACAUCUAUGUCCUGACUUUUCACAAAAACGCACACACACACACACACACACACACACUGUAUUAAUUAUUUCCUGGGGGAAAAAAAUUAUAAUAUAAACAUCUGGAAUAAUUCAGGAAUUAUUAAUUAAUUCAUUCAUUCAUUUCAAUUACAUUUUCAUUUGUGCAUAUAAUAAUAUAAAUGCAUAAAGUUAUUGCCUAUUUAUCUUAUUAUUUUAUAAUCAGUGUUAGUAUAUUUUAUUUGUGCACAAGAGGUUUGUUCAAAUUCUCUUCAGUUAGUGCAUUUUCACGUCAGCUUUAUUUUUUUUGUUUGUUUUUUUGUUUUGACAUAGUAUGAAAUCCUUGAACUCAUGAAAUCAUGAAAUCCAUGAAGUUUCAGAUCAGAUGUGUGUUUGAUUAAUGAGGCCUCUGGUUCCAAUCGAAGCACAUGUUGAUUGGCCGCGUUCACACUGCACUUCAAUCCGAAGUCACUCCUCUUAUGGGAGUUUAAUGUGCUUCUUAUGAUGUUUGAUUACAAUCAAUAAUGAACCGAACCAGUUGUCAGUCCCGAGUCUCUGCAGUGUUGACGUGGCCAUUGCAUUCAUACCUUUACCAGGUACAGGUACAUUUAUCACUCCAGGUUACAGACAUUACCAUAGUGAGUGUGUGUUACUCUGUGCAGGAGAAUAUCGUGUGUUUGAGUGUAUGCAAACGCAGUUUAUGAAGUAUUUCAAAGGUUUUGCCAUAUAUUUAUUUUCAUAGACGUAUUUGAGAGUCCCACAAAUGUCCCAAUCAUUUCUACAGUAAAAAAACUUCCAAAUACAUGAAAAUUCACCAGCAGUUUUAAACCAUCCAUACUCCAUCAGCUCAUCAUGCUUAAUAUAUACUGUGAAUAUCAACUAGCGAAAACUUAGUAAUACACAAAAAAAGGCCUGCUUCUGUCUAACUUCUGUUCUGCCGUUGAAGUGUGCGAUGUAAACAGACAAAGAAGCCCCGUUUCAAAUCCUAGUGAGCUUAUCUAGACAGCAUUCAGAAGCGUAGGCUACAUAUUCAUGUAAGGAAGCAUUAGAGAGAAGGAAAUCCCAGAAUGCAUUGCUGCAAACAAUCCAAAAUGCAUCCAAGAUGAGCACUAUUUUGUGAAAAAAUUUAAAUUUAAGAUUUAGAUAUUUAAAUUGCAUAUACAAUUUCCAUGCAUUUGGAUUAUACCAUUUUAACAUUAAAAAUUUGAUGUGAUGUAUAUUUGUCAGUCAUAUAUAAAUGAAACAGGUCAGAUUUCUGUAAUAGUAUGAAUAAACUGAGCAGUGUUAAAAAAUAAUAAUCCAUUACUAAUUACUUCUUUAAAAUUGUAAUUUGAUUACAUUACUGAUUACUGCAUUUAAAAAGUAAUCAGAUUACUAAUUACUUUACUUUUCAAGUUAUCAAACCUAAAAAAUAUACUGCAAAGAGAAACUCAAUCUCAUACAUUUUAACUAAUUGAAUAUUGCUUGUUCCUACUUUUUCACUGAAUUAAAUAAAUUAAUUUAAACGUCCAGAUUUAUUUAUUUAUAAUUAUAAAUGUAUUUAUUAAUAUUUAAAUAAAAAUCAAAUAGUUGCAAGUAGUUAUGGAAUAUAUAUGUGUGUGUGUAUAUAUGGAAAAUGGAAAAAAUAGUAUAUUUUAGGAAUAUGUUAAGAUGUUUUAUUUAUUUAUUUAUUUUGUGCUUAAUGGUCAUGACAAUAAUGAAAGAUCACAAUUAACAAUACAGCAAAGUGCUUUAAAAAGCUCCUUUAAAAGAGCUAAAAAAAAUAAAAUUUUAUUAUUAUUAUUGUUAUUAUGGAAAUUUUAUAUGCAAUUCAAAAGCAUAAACCUUAAAUUUAGGCCUACAUCAUUUUUGCAAGGUUUCUUCAGAGUCGGUAGAUGGUAAAGCAAAACAAAUAUAUAUAUAUAUAACAUAACAAUAAUGCCACAGUGCAAAACAUCCCAAUUAUGUAUGGAACUUUUAUAUGCAAUUCAAAUGCAUAAAUGGCCUAAAUCUGUUUUUGCGUGGUUUGAGGCGGCUCACUAGGUUGUGUAACGGAGCGAAAGCGUCUCUCUAGUUGUUCUAUUACAGAUCUGUGCUGAUUCUUUACUGUUUCUAUGGUGAAUCGCUGUUGUCGUCAAGGAGACGUUGUUUGUAUGAGAGCAUCUUCACUGUGCUUCUUGAAGGAAAAAUGACAGUGAUUUGAUGCUUGUGAUUGAUUGGUGAACAGCUGCUGUCGCAGGUCUGCUUGACAUCACAAACUGCAGAAGAAAGACUAGUAAAGCGCUUCACCAGACUAGUCUAGCUGAAGGAAACAAGCGACUGUGAUCAUCACGCUUUGCUUCAUCUGACAUGAAGCUGAUGUCUGUGUAGUCGCUUCACGUUCGUCAAAAAAUUACGUUUGGAAAGAGUGAAUCUCAGAAAAUCUGUCAAAAACAUAUCCCGGUCAUAUUUCACCCCUGGAUCAAAAGAAAAAAGAAAUAACAUGAAGCCUAUCUUAGGAAUAAUUUAAAAUUGUAUUAUUUUCAUUGAUUUCUAUUUUUAUUCUAUUUAUUUUUUUAUUUGUGUUUUUAUUUGUCAUUCAUAUAUAUAAAAAAGCCUGUUUAAGGAAUUCUUUAGGAUUUAUUAUUAUUAUGCUUAAUUGUCAUGGCAAUAAUGACACAAUGCAUAAGAUCACAAUCCAUAAUCAAAAGACAAAAAGUAAAAUAUAUAUUAAAGAAAAUGAUAUUUUGAUAUAAUAUUUUAAGAUUUAUUCUUUUUGUUUUUGUGCUGACAAUCUAAUUUUUUUGUGUGCUUUAAUGUCGUUGCAAUGAAGACUUAAUAUUUAUUAUUUUUAUUUAUUAUUCUUUUUUCUGCUUAAUUGUCAUGACAAUAAUGACACAAUGCAAAAGAUUUUACUCCUUUAUGAAUUGAAUUUCCUAUGAAAAAUGUGACCUGGACAUGUUUUUUUGGGGGGGUUCUCUGUUUUCCAUUUAAAUUUGCCUUUCAGAUUAUCAAAUGGAAAAGUUUCCUCUUGAGGAAAAGCAACAGGUUCAGCAGCAUUUAAUGCACCGUUUGACAGAAAAGAGUUUAAUUUCACGCCUUCCUGUUUCCUCUGAAGUGCUGCGCUCUGAUUGGCGGCCCUGGUUUGGGCCGGGUUAAUGUCGCCCAUCAGCUCUUUUAUUUUCUGUUUCCAUGCACCACAGAUUGAGAUAAUAAAUAAUGAAUGAUAUUUAAAUGAGGAGUGAUGUGUGGAUGUGGGAGGUUUUUACGCUGGAGGGGGAAUCUGUCUCUGUUUAUUGCUCAGUAUCUGAGUUCAGAUGUUUUGUUUGUACAGUAUGUUUGUUUUAAUGCAUCUGUCCGUCUGUGUUAUGCAGGAUUGUGGAUUUACACUGUGAGAUUUGCUGGAGUGAAUCAGAAGGUGCUGUAUGCUGUUAUGAGAGACAAACUACAAUUAUAACUCAAUUCUGUUUAA